AUGUUUUCUAUUGCUUCCAAAGUUAAAGAAGGUGGAUUUACUAAAACAAUUUAUUCGAUGAUUAAAGAACAAAGAUAUAGAGAAGUUAUUAACAUACUAAACGAAAUUUCAUCUGUAAAUGCAAAUGCAAGAUCGAGAGCCGCCUAUUCAUUAUUAGCAUAUUGUUAUUAUUAUACUCAAGAUUAUAUUAACGCAGCUACCUGUUAUGAACAACUGGUCAAUUUAUUUCCAAAUGAAAAAGAAUAUAAAUUUUAUUUUGCCUUAUCUUUGUAUCAGUCAUGUUUGUAUGAAGAAGCAAUGCGUGUAGCUAAUGAAAUAAAUGAACCUCAUUUAGCCUCAAAAGUUAUUAAAUUACAAGCUGCCAUUAAAUAUGAAGAAGGUGAUAUUAUAGCUGCAAAAAGUUUUUUAGACUCGUCAACGUUCGACGAUUUUGACAUAGAUAUAUUUCAUGGUUGUUUUUUAUAUAAAGAGGAUCAAUUUGAAGAAGCAUUACAAAAGCUAAGUGCUGCAUUAAUCAAGACAGGAUUUAAUGGUCAUUUAUCAUAUAAUAUUGCACUCUGUUAUUAUAAAUUGAAAGAAUAUACGCCUGCUCUUAAACACAUUGGUGAUAUAAUAGAAAGAGGAAUAAGAGAUCAUCCAGAACUUUCUGUUGGAAUGGCUACAGAAGGGAUUGAAGUUAGAAGUGUAGGAAAUACAUUGACUCUACAUGAAACUGCUCUUAUCGAAGCUUUUAAUUUGAAAGCCGCCAUUGAAUAUCAGUUAAAAAAUUAUGAAGCAGCCAAAGAAGCUAUAACAGACAUGCCUCCUCGUUCUGAAAAAGAAUUAGAUGCCGUCACACUUCAUAAUCAAGCAUUAAUGAAUAUGGAAUCAAAUCCUGCAGAAGGUUUUGAAAAGCUACAAUUUCUUAUAUCUCAAAAUCCGUAUCCACCUGAAACUUUUUGGACUUUGCUUUUACUUUAUUGCAAAUAUGAAUAUUACGAUCUUGCUGCUGAUGUUUUGGCAGAAAAUAAACAAUUGACACGUUCUUAUUCUUCGGAGUAUCUAUUAGAGUUCUUAGAUGCUUUAAUAACAAAACAAACUUCUCCAGAAGAGGGUUACAGAAAGUUGGAUGAAAUAGCAUCUAAACACACAGAAAUUUUAAGAAAACUUACUAAACAAGUACAAGAAGCCAGACAAAAUAAAGAUGAUGAAGCUGUUAAAAAAACCGUUAUGGAUUAUGAAGAUGCUUUAGAAAGGUAUAUUCCAGUUUUGAUGGCUCAAGCAAAAAUUUAUUGGGAAAUGGAAAAUUAUAGUCAAGUUGAAAAAAUAUUUAGAAAAUCCGUUGAGUUUUGUAAUGAUAACGACACGUGGAAAUUAAAUGUUGCUCACGUGCUUUUUAUGCAACAAAAUAAAUUUAAAGAAGCUAAAGGAUUUUACGAACCUAUUAUAUUAAGCAUAAGUGCCAUUGUUCUGGCAAAUUUAUGCGUUUCUUAUAUAAUGACAAAUCAAAAUGAGGAUGCAGAAGAAUUGAUGAGAAAAAUAGAAAGAGAAGAAGAACAAAUAUCUCAUGAUGAUCCUGAAAAAAAACUUUUUCAUUUAUGUAUAGUUAAUUUAGUUAUAGGAACUUUAUAUUGCGCCAGAGGAAAUUAUGAAUUUGGUAUUUCAAGAGUAAUUAAAAGUAUGGAACCUUAUAAUAAAAAACUAGGAAUAGAUACCUGGUUUUAUGCGAAAAGAAGUUUUAUGUCAAUGAUUGAAAAUUUAGCAAAACAUAUAAUAGUUAUUAAAGAUUCUGUUUUUCAAGAAUGUUUAUUGUUUUUAGAACAAUGUGAAAUGUAUGGAAAAAAUAUAAAAACAAUUUUAGAUGAUCCAUUGGGUGGAAUGGACGAAGCAUUUACUGGAAAAAAUACCGUUGCUUACGAAGCAAGAUAUUUAAAAUAUUUAUUGCUAAAAGUACAAGAAUAUUAA